AUGGGUGAGGCAAAGAUUUUGGUUGAAGUUGAAUUAAGUAAAGCUUUUCCAACAAGGAUUGCUGCUGGUGAUGAAAAAGGUUUUAUCUCUAUGGUGGAUGUAGAAUAUGCAUGGCUCCCUACUAAAUGUAGUAGGUGUGGACAAUUAGGACACAAGAUCAAGCGAUGUUUGCAAACUGAAUCUGGGUCUCAUGUAGUUGUUAACACAACCGCAGGGAUUGAGACGAGAAUGGACGCUGAGGUUGUGAUUAGAUCAUGUGCACCUAAUGUCUUAAUUGAUGCACAUCAGCUUUCCAAUUCAGUUGGUGCCACAACCGAGGUACCUACAACUCCAACAAUCGCCUCAGCCAACGAGGUCAAUAUUACUAAAGCUCAUCCACCAACUGUGCUCGCAUCAAAGACCAUACUUGAAUCUAUUAAGUCUUCCCUUGUGGAGAUUCCACCAUUUUCACCAGCCUCCGCUUCUAGACCUGCUCAUGUUACCGUCCAAAGGGAUGGUAAACAAGUUGAGCAUAGUACUCCCAAGACCUCGUCCGGCAAAGAUUCGAACCAUUUUGCCUAUUUGUCAGUUGAUGAAGAUGAAACACUGGUUUCAGCUGAGGAUUCUGACCCAUUGGAUCUCAUGACACCAACAGGUAAAAGAAUUCUUAGGGAUAGACCGGUUAAACCAUCAACAAAAGCAAAGGAGAUGAGUUGGCAAGUCGUAGCGGCUGGACGUGGAAACUAUGGUCGCGGAAAUAGAGGUGGCCGUGGCUAG